AGACCAGACAGAAGACAUCCCAGUACUCGGGAGGUUGUGACUGUGUCUCAUUGCCUACCACCGUACUAUGCUGCCAUCUAAACAUAGUCAUCUGAACCGAGAGGGCUGGGCUGUCCAUGUGCUGGCAAUUAGACCAUUGGUGUUGGAGGCUGCAAAGACAAUUGAGUGAGACCAGCUCGCCCUGCUAUGUUUCACAAUAUCUAUUGAUUACCGAGGACACCGCAGGUGGGUUCUCCUCUGCUGUGUUGGAUAGUCAGGACUGACCAGAUUGUCUCGUAAUACUGCCAAGAUGGAGGCAAUCAAGGAGUGGUACCAUCUCAUUAAUGUGAAAAAUGCUGAUCCUCGUUUUAAUGACUGGUUCCUUAUGUCAAGCCCACUCCCAACCCUGGGCAUGUGUUUUGCAUAUGUGGCAAUUGUACAUUGGGGACAAAAAUGGAUGAAGGACCGUCAAGCCUAUGAUCUUAAAUACUGCCUUGUGAUCUACAAUUUUUUACUUGUCUUGUUGUCUGUAUACAUGUUCCAUGAGGUAUUUGUAUCAACUGUGCUUCGCCCAGAGUUUCACCUGCUGUGUCAAGCUGUUGAUUAUAAAGAUGAAUAUUGGCCAAAACGGCUUGGAGCUGUUAUAUGGUGGUUUUAUUUUUCAAAGUUAUUGGAGUUUCUAGACACUAUAUUCUUUGUGCUGAGGAAGAAAAACAGCCAAAUCACGUUUCUUCAUGUCUACCAUCAUUUUACAAUGCCAUUACUUUGGUACUCUGGAGUCAAAUGGGUUGGCGGAGGCUGCAGUUACUAUGCUCCUCUUGCCAAUAGUUUCAUACAUACUCUGAUGUAUACAUACUACAUGCUGGCCGCUGUUGGACCCCAGAUGCAACCAUAUCUUUGGUGGAAGAAGUACAUGACAAAAUUACAACUGUUCCAGUUCAUCUCCAUGAUUUCUAUAGCGAUGUAUGGCAUAAUCCGACCAUGUGGAUUCCCCCCAAACUGGCUCUGGGCUCAAGUCAUUGUCUGCAUUACAUACUUCGUCCUCUUCUGCAACUUCUACUACCAGGCGUACGUCAAACGGGCGCGGGAACAAAAGUUGCGGAAAGUUGAACAGAAUGGUGUUUCAAAUGGACAUGUUGCAAACGGAUCCUUAAAGGAACAGAACGGUUAUGCUAAUGCGAAUGGUUACGCUAAUGGCCAUGCCGCUGUGAAAGUGGAUUAGGUUAGAUUAAACUUUGCCUGAUAUUGACAGGACUUGAACAUGUACGCCAGAAAUCCAUGACCUGAUUUUAUCUAGUGAAAGCUAGUCCUAAUCAAAUAAUAGCCAGAAGACUGGCAUCAUUGGGUUUUCAGUCUUUCUGCGUGAAACGAGUUGUAUGAGGAGUCUUCAACCACAUUUAUUCAGAGGAGUGGUAAAUUAGUUUUGAUCAUGGGUAGCACGGGGGUGUCUCCUGGCCUGUGUGUGUGGGGGGGGGGGGGGGGGGGGGUUGUCCGGUAAGAGCUGAAGAGUUGUUGCACUAUCAUUUGAUGUGAUGCAUCAAAUAGGAAUUAAGUAAAGGCCAUUCUGGAAUGAAUGGGCCUCUUGGGCAAAGCCUGAGUGGGUGGAGUGUUUUAGCAGUCUGGUGAGGGUGUUCAACAUUCAGCCCUGGGUCGAAUGAGUUGAGAGUGUUAAUACUUAUUGCUAUGGCUGUUCUUAGAUUCAUGCAAAUGGUCAUAGGGGUCAGCACACAUAGAAUUAGGCAGCACUGCUUAAACAGUGAUGAGGAAGACACUUUGAUUGCAUACUUUGGACAUUGUAGUGAUGUCAAUGCACUAGUAAACUGCUGGGUCCAACUAUUUCUUAUUCUAUACCGCUUCAGAUGAGUUGGUGACAAUAAUUGUGCUCAAAAAGUGAUACUUUUGGCUUUAUGUGCUUAAUAAGGUCUACUUUGGCUGUGUAUAUAAAAUCUACCAAUUGUAAGAUAUUCAGUAGGCCUACUGAUAUUCAACAUCCAAAUGUGCUAUUUUUGUGAAGACAUUUUACUGCUGUCGGCCUACUGUACCUAGAAAUAUUUGUGUGCUGUUUAUUUUUGCAUUGUUUGCAUUUACAGCUAAUUACAAAAUAGAUGGUCACAAAAAUUACUGUUAUGGAGUUGUCAAAAUGCUGAAUAAAAUAGACGUAAAUGUUGUUAGUUCAGAAAACUGUGAUAUCAAAUGGUCACAAAGAUUUCUGGGUGCCACCAUAUUAAAGUUCUUUAUUGGUUUGUAGUUAGGAAACUACUAGUUAUAGGAUGAGUUUUGCGAGUUACUGUGGUAUGCAUCAGAAACAACUCGGAGCCAAAACUUCUGACUCCAGGAUUCGAGCCGAAACUGCAGGAUUCGAUGACAUCUUCGGUUUCCUCUUAGGUAGCCCACUUUCCUCCUCUAACUGUAAUUGUCCAAUCAUUGUCAAACGAGCCAAUAAUGAGCUGAAUUGGAGCUCACAACCCAAUAUUUUUAACUAUAAUGCAUUUUGUUGUAAGAUACCUGAUCUUUAUUUUCAUUUUCAAAGAUAUCUGUUGUAUCAUUUAGUGAUUGCUUUUACUGGUUGAUGGCAGCACUGCAUAUCUUGAAAUAAAGUUGAUUCCACAAGUGAAA